GUAAAAGCCGGCAACAUGUUCGGUCCAAUGUGCACAGGAAUUUUCCUGUUUUUAGCCCUCUGGGGUACCGUUUUUAUGGCAAUUCUCGGAGGACUAUUCUACAAUCAAUCUGUUGGAUUAUUUGAGGAUCUUCCCAAAGAAUCGAAAGCUAUGGAGAAAAGUCUAUGGGCUGAUAGGACAACAAAUUUUAAUAAGCUCUACCAACAAAAUGCCUACAAUUGCUGGAUCGCCUGCGGAGUUUACAUCGGAAUUGCAGUUCUUCUUUCACUUCGUGCCUGCUGCCUUGUCAAACGAUAAAUCCUGUGAAAUUUUAUACACCCAAUCCGGUCUUUUCCUUUUCCUACAGUUUUUGACGUCUUAUAUCCCAUUUUUAGAAUUAUUUUGUACAUUUAUAGAUCGAUAAACAAUUUAUCGUUAAA